AUGUCGACGGAUAACCUGCAGGCAUUCCUAGAGAUUGCCUCGAAAGAGCCCAAGGAACAGGUGGCAGCAGGCCAGGUUCCCAUGCCCCCCGUGCUUCUGUUUGCCCCGCGGAAUCACGCUGGGAAUAGAUUGCACACAGAGCUGCUCGAAAUGACAGGCAAGAUCUUUCUCGAGCUUGGGGAGAGCUUGAUCAAGAAGCGGACGUACAAUCGGAUUGAAACUGCCGACGAGGUUCUUCAAGCAAUGGUUGACGUGGCAAAUGCAACCCAAACAAGCAUUAUCGGUGGAGGCAGCGUUUCAAAACUAGUGGACGUACGGCCCCCUGCGAAUAUUUCAAUCAAUCGAGAUAUACCGAGAGAAGAUGUGCACCGGGAACUCCUGAACGUGUUGUUUUCACAUCUGGCCCCCGACAAACAGACAUUACGCGAGUUAGACCACCAGCUUCAGCAAUUCGUGAAGGCCUUCUCCGAACUCCCAACUCAGGCAGAUGGAAAAAAUAUCCUCUUCACUUUCCUUGCCAACCAAGUGCACCGCGACAACAUUGGCACUGAGAAAUCCCCAAUCUAUGAGGACGUCCAAUCCAUCGUAUUGAAUACCAUCCGCAUGCCUACGGAGGUGUACCGUGAGCUUGUCGCGAAAAAUGAGAAGCCCGUCACGAGCUCGGCGGUAACCGCCACUUCCUCGACGAACAGGCCUGAGAGGCAUGCGUCCACAAGGGAGCAGGAGCCGGCCAGGCAGUCCACCGAGCAGCGGACAUCGUUCCUGGAUAUGCUUCGAAAUGCCUUAGGGGUUGCCAACGACUCAGAGUCGGACUCUGAGCCUGAUCCACCUGAAGAUAACGUAACACUAAAAAUGGACUAUCGCAUCAUCACGGUGAAGCUGAAGCCAAAGAAAUUUAAAAAGGCGCAGGAAGACAUCGACGAGAGCAUGAGAAGAGUAGUGAAAAUGGGGGCGAAGGAAUAUGGAGAAUCGAUCACCAAAGUGUUGUAUGUACCUAAAUAA